AUGGAAUCGCCCCCUAGCAAGGAGGGCAAGCCUCCCACAACAUACACAUCAGAAGACACCUAUUUCAAAUCCCUUCACACUCUCGGCAAAGAAGAAGACUUUUUGAAGCUCGAUGAGGGGUUCCAAUGUAUCAUCCAAUUGCUUGAGAAUGCCGAAGCAGUUGUUCAAAGUCUCAAGGACCUGCCCGAGGUCGGCAACUGGCUCAAAAAUAUUGACCGCCUCAAACAAAAAGCUAGCCCACAGCGUGUGGUAAUUGGAGUGGUCGGAAGCACCGGAGCCGGCAAAAGCAGCGUGAUCAAUGCUGUGCUAGAUGAGGAGGAUCUUCUCCCGACAAACUGCAUGAGGGCUUGUACCGCAGCGAUUACGGAGGUUUCGUACAACACUUCAGAUGAUCCCAAUGAGAAGUAUCGAGCAGAGGUGGAGUUCAUCACCGCCGACGAGUGGGCGAAAGAGCUCGAUAUUCUUCUUGACGACAUUCAUAACGGCCAAGCGACGUUUGGGCCUGAGGUGUUUGGUACCGAGAGCGAAGCUGGCAUUGCCUAUCACAAACUCAGAGCGGUUUAUCCAGCGCUCAAGGGAGAUACUGUCGCCGACCCGUCCUCCAACGGGUUUGUCAAGCUUCUUCGAACCCUUGUCGACUCCAAGGAGAAAGGUCGAGGACGGCCCAAGGAAGCGACAUCACUCGAGUUUUGGCCUUUGAUCAAGGUUGUUCGCGUCUUUAUCAGGUCUGAGACUCUGAAAAGUGGACUGGUUCUCGUGGACUUGCCAGGUAUACAGGAUUCCAAUGCUGCUCGGUCCAGGAUUGCAAACAGGUAUAUCCAACGCUGUUCAGGCCUCUGGGUGUUUACCCCGAUCACUCAAGCGGUUGAUGAUCUAGCGGCGAGACAGCUUCUCGGCAAGGCGUUCAAAAGACAGCUCCGGUUUGACGGGGCUUACUCUGCAGUCACCGUCAUCUGUUCCAAAACGGAUGGCAUUUCCAAGACUGAACUCCUAAAAUCACUUCCAGACCAUGCUGAAGCGCAUCGCUACGAUGAAAAACUCAAAGUGAUGCGCGCCGAAGUCUUGGAACGCAGUGGGGAUCUGAUGUCUAAGCAGCAACAGCUAGCGCAGGUCAGGGAAGAUAUUAAGCUCCUCAACAAUCAGAGUCUGCGCUUGAAGCUUACUCUGCUUGAAAAUCCCUCCGAUGACAUGAUUGUUCUCGAGCUACCACAAGCUUCGCGAAAGCGACCUGCGAGACCAGCUGCGGAUGAGGCACGCAAGCGCUUUCGAAAGCAGCAGCAGGAUCAAAGCCCCGAGGUGAGUGAUCUCAGUGAUGACGCUGAGCCAUUAUUUGAGGAGGGUGAGCCUAGACAGGAGAAGAUUUCUCGAGAUGAGGCGUCUCAAAGACUGCAAAGCCUUAGUGAGCAGAUGGCUAAUUCGGGAAUGAAAGAGUUGUCCAUUAAGGACGCCGAGAACGAUUUGGAAAAUAAGGUAAAGAGCAUAAACGAGGUCAUCGAUCUACUAAAGAAGCAGAGGAGAAGCGCGCGCAUUCGCUUCCGCAAUGAUUUCUCGAAGCCUGAACUUCAGAGACAGUUUGGGGAAGGUGUUCUAGAGCUGGAUGAAGAAGAUGCCGCAUACGACGAUAAUUAUGAUCCCAGCAAGAUCCAGCAAGACAAGUACUACGAGAUCGGCAAAAAGCUCCCCGUCUUUUGUGUGUCAAGCAAUGCCUACCAUAAACUGAUGGGAAGACUUCAAGAAGACGAAUCAAUCCAUGGAUUUACCACGACUGACGACACCCAGAUUCCUAUGCUCAAGGAACACGCUCUCAACAUUGUCGCCUAA